CACUGUUUGCCGGUGCAGUUAAAAAAAGAACAAAACAAAAAACUACAACAAAUUCAAUCGAAGGAGCCAGUGCCCUGGCUGCAGGACUAAUCAUGAGCGGAUCCUGGAAACUGGUACUGCCCAUGGGCUUUGUGAUGUACUCGCUGCCUCUGUUUCUGCGCGUCAACGGCACUUCCAACUACAUCAUUGAUGAGGAGUUUCACAUUCCGCAGGGUCUGGCAUUUUGCCGAAAGCAGUUUGACGUGUGGGAUCCAAAGAUAACGACGUUUCCCGGCCUCUAUCUGAUUGCACUCGUCUUGAAUCCAUUCAACUACUGCACGGUGACGGGCCUUCGCUUGCUGAGUCUCAUCGGUGCGGGCAUCAACAUAAUGCUGCUCUACAGGAUCCGGCGUCGAACGUUGGCCGGCACAGGUGGCAACUCCUAUGCGGCGCAUGAGGCAAUAACCCUUUCAGUGUUGCCGCCACUGUACUUUUUCAGUCAUUUGUAUUACACGGACACCCUCUCGCUGACCAUGGUACUGAUGUUCUACCACUUCUGGCAGCAUGAGGCGCACCUGCCUGCGGCUGUCUUCGGUGCCGCCAGUGUGCUGAUGCGACAAACGAACAUUGUGUGGGUGUGCAUGGGCACCGGCAUCACAGUGCUGGAAACGCUGGUAAAGCAGUGCGCCAAGCGGCGUGCAGUGCACAAGGGACAAGUACGAUUGCUAGGAGUAGAUAUGUGGCUGCAGCUACUGGCCAGUCCACAGCUGCUGUUCAGCUGUGUGUUGAGCAUUUUGGCCAAGUGCUGCUUCUACAUAUCCGUCAUACUGCCCUUCGUGGGAUUCCUCUGCAUCAACGGUGCGAUUGUCGUGGGAGACAAGAGCGCGCACGAGGCUUCACUCAAUCUGCCGCAGAUCUUCUACUUUGCAAUAUUUGCCGCUGUCUUUGCUGUAUCCAAUACACUACGCCAGCUCCGUCCCGCAGUGGAGUUGCUGCGUCGCAAUAGAAUAUUCGCCCUUCUGGCUCUUGUUCUUAUACUUGUGGUGAUCCACCUGAACACGGUUGUGCAUCCGUACCUGUUGGCCGAUAAUCGCCACUACAUUUUCUAUGUGUGGAGCCGCCUGUAUGGUCGGUACUGGUGGUUCCGCUAUGCCAUGGCGCCUGCCUAUCUGUUUGCCAUGACAGUGCUCUACUGCGGGCUGAGUCACAUGCCCGACAGCUUUAAGCUGAUGUUUCCACUCAGCCUUGUGCUGGUUCUGUGCUUCCAGCGACUCCUAGAGCUACGCUACUUUCUGGUGCCGUACGUGCUCUUCCGGCUGAAUACGCGACACACACGCAAAGGCUACUCGGAGUGGCUGGAGCUGGGCGCACAUUUGCUGCUGAAUGUAGCCACUUUCUAUGUUUAUUUUACCAAAGAGUUUUACUGGCAGGACUACAGCACACCGCAGAGAAUCAUUUGGUAGAAGGAGAACCCCACACCAUUCCCGAACU